UGGCCUGUUUUAUUUUUAAAUUUGAAGUUUGAUAAUAGAAUGGAAAAAGGGGCGGAUUUGAUGUGCGUCUCGCAAUUGUGUCGUUUUUUCCAUUUCCAACCCACUGUGGUUUCAGCGGACGCCGUUUACCGCCAACGGCGCCGGCGUCGAACGAAAGCCCGUCAACUUCGUUUUCGGCCCAGCUCGUGAAUCGUGCCAUCGUGAAAAUUUGAAAUUGAGUUUUCAUGACAAAGUGAAAAGUGGCGAGACGGCGUGUUGAACCAGCCCGGCGACUUGGAGACGACCCGGCGGAUUUCGGCACGAACGAUCUUUGGUCGUUUGUGAAUGCCGUAUCACUCGUUCACAAGAUCACCAUUCCAUCUAUAGUUACAAUAAGUCAAGAUGGAAGGAAUUUAAUUUUCACUUUAUUGGUGACAGACAUUCUUUGAUUAUAUCUUAGGCAAUGCCAAAAAAAUGCUAUGUCCCGUUUUGCAAAUCCGGCUAUGGUUCAGAGAACUUGCAAACGCAAAGCCUCGGAUUGAACACUCCUUCUAUGUUCCAUCCUCCGGAGGAUUUUCUUUUGGAAUGGAAUAAAAGGAUUGGUAGGACAGACAGGAGACUGACGCUGAAUGAUACAGUCUGCUCGAAACACUUUGCAGAAGAAGAUAUUUUAACGCAUUACGAGUUCACUUUGCCAAAUGGCCAAAAGGAGAAGUUCAGAAGGGGGAAGACUUGCUUGAAGCGAGGAGCAGUCCCUACAAUAUUCCCCACUGAAAACCUGACAAUGUCGUCUAGGUCAAGGCAGAAAUCAAAGCCCAAUUCCCAAAAGGGAAGCAAUUCGGAGACAGAUGAAGAACGUGAUUCUUCGUCUGUGAAGUCUGGCAGCACGAGGGUUUCUGCCAGCGAUCUUUCAGAAAUGGAUGACAUGUUCACUAUAGAUAAGCUCCAUGAAAUUUCACAAUCAGUCCAGCUCCCGGGCAGCAUGUGGGGGGUUCACCAAAAGCCUGGUGGUAAGACGGCUUUUAUACAUAUCAAUGAAGAAAUGGUCAUUGAUAAGACAGUUGAGUUUGUAAAAUCUUGCGUUCCAAAAGUUAAAGUGAGAGGACAUGACAUUGAUUUACCUGAAGUGAGAAGCAAAUCGCACUUGGAGUGCCUUUUAAGAGGAAUUGAUGCCAUAACCAAGUUGCCUAGAGGAAGAAAGAGAAAAAGGAGAGGACGGCCACCAAAAUCCAUUAAAUUGGAAUUCGAUGAUAUUUCUGUCGAUAAUAAGAAGGUAUUGAGGUCCACAAGGCUAAAAACAUCGUCGAAUGUGAAAUUAACGAGCACGCACCAAAAAUUGACAAUGCCCGAGAAACGGGUGCUCAGGAACCGGGACAAAAAAUCCGUCUCUCCUCCUAGAGCUCGUAGAAAUCUGAGGUCGAUGAGGCAGUCUGAGAAGAACACCAAAGUACAGAGGGAUAAAACUCCCAGGACACCGCGGGUAAAGAUCAAACAGGAAAUUGAGGAAAAAGAAGAAAGUGAGGAAGAAGAGGAGGAGGAAGAAGAAUCUGAUGACAACGAAGAAGACAAUUCAACUCAUAACAAGGAUGCUGAUACACCAAAACAGUCCAAAACUGACAAACCAAAACCAAUGCAGAAACAAGCAAAGCUUUUAAAAGAGAGUACAAAAAAAAAUUCCAUUUCUACUCCAACUGUUAGGAGAGAAGAUUUCACGCCUAGAUUUUCUAGGCAGAGGCCAAAAUGGGAACGGGAAGAAUCGCUGACUUCAUUUGGUGUGCGAUGUGUUGUCGAGUGCUGCCAGAACUCAAUGCUUGAUACGAGAAGAUCAAAUCUGAAUAUAUACUACUACAGGUUCCCUAUGGACGAUCGGCUUGCUGAAAAAUGGAAGGAGAAGUGCAAGAUCGAAGGGCGUAUGCCGAAGUCGGCUAGGGUCUGCUCGGAUCAUUUUAAAAGGGAGGAUUUCGAAGGGGCUGAGACUCCAGGUGUGCACAUGGCACAGCCAAAAAGGAACCUAAAGUCUAAUGCUAUUCCUACCUUGUACCUUUCUUCCAAGAGAGAACACAAACCACCACCACAGAAAAAGAGAAAACCGAGGAAGCCUAGGAAUUCUGUAAAAAACGAUCUAGAUAUUAAAAUAGUUGAAACUAAGUCAAUUAAAAGAUUGACACCUGAGCCAGCAGAUGAGAAUUCUGAUAUUUCCCCACCAAGGACACCUCUAUCUGUGAGCUCUUCGGAGCUUGACAACACAAACGUUAUAAACGACUCUCCAGAAAUUGUCAACACACCUGUUGUAACAGUCGAGCUGUCUGAUGAGAGUUCGGAGGAGUCGGACGCGUAUGAAGAGGUCAUUCAAGUGAGAAUAACAAACUUGAGUGCAACAUCGAGUGCUGAGGACAGCGAGAGUGACGAAGUGAUGAGGAGAAGACGGAAAGUCUUAAAAAGGAAGCAACCUCAAAUAGAGGAAACUAAAGAUUAUGAAAUAGAAACUUUAGAAAUAGAGUUGAACUCUGAUGAUUCUGACGCUGAUGUGAGGGAAAUGAAAAAAACGCUCGACCUGCAUUUGAAUAAUUCCAAGUCUUUUACACCCCGUCCACCCACUAAAAUCGCGAAAGUCAAUCAAAACGGUUUGCACGAAUUGAAGACCAGCCAGAACAACAUAAAGAUCAAUCAAAGCACACCCACAGGUCUUAAAUCUGUCCAUUUGAAUAUCACUCCAAAAGAACAAAAUGAAAAUUCAGUUGUGUUUGAAGUCAAAGAAGCUGAAAAAUCGGUGACACCCCCACCAAGUAGUUCUGCCCCAACUCAGUCUCUGGCCAAAUUACUUCAAGCUAAAAGCAAGCCUGACAGGGAAACAAUUAUUAAAAUAAUUGAACAGAAGAUUUGUGAAAAUUACGAGAUUCUCAACAACCGCAUUGUCCCGAAUCUUUCUUUUAAAACACCUGAAAUGAAAAAUGACAAUGUGGUGCAAUAUAUAGUGAAAAAUGGAAAAGCCGACUCAUUGUCUUUACCCAAAGGUAUUAUCAAACAUAUUGAUAAGAAAGAAAAUCGGCCUCUUCCUGAAAUUCUAGUACCUCAAGCUGAAGAAAAGAGAAAAGAUAUGGCAUCACCUACUAUUAAAAUCACAGCGCCCAUCAGAUCACGAAACACCAUAUUGAAUGAGACUAAAGAGAAUAUGACCAUGGUGAAGCCUGAUAUUGUAGAACACCAGCCGAAGAAAUCAAUACUCGUCGAAACUGAUGUCUCAAAUCCUCAUUUAGAAAUGCCCACUACUGAUGCUAUUAAAAAGGAUUCAAUAGAAUUUGUUUCAUCCGAAGAUAUAAUUAUAGAGGAGGCGAGUGCUGAAGAGAAGGAAAAAUCUGAACUAUCCUUCAUGGAAGAGAUGGACGAUGACAACCAAAUAUUAAUAGUUUGUAGGGAUGAAGAUGAUGAAGAAAAAGACAAAAGCUUGCACUAUGAGCCUCCCAUUCACGAGUCUUUACAGCCAAGUGAACGACGGAAGGACUUGGAGCAUAGACCUCAAACGAUAAGCAUACAGAGGAAACGUGCCAAUGAAAUAAUACCGAACAAGAUCAAGAUCCCUGCAACAGAGCAUAGCAGUUCAAGGACCGAAAAGGGCAUUCUUGAUUCUUUCUUUUUAAAUAAUUCUUCAUCUGACAACAUUUUUGGUACUAACGAUGAAAUCGAGAAGCCGAGUGAGAUACAGGAUCUGCUUAACAUGGUCCCCCAAAAUGAAGUCGACUACUCCAAGGUCAUUGUUUUGAACCAUCUUGAAGAUCCUCAUAACGUCCAGUGGGGCGAGCUUUCGAACGAUUCAAAAGAGCAUGUCCAAAACAGCGAUUUGUACUUUAUCCAACAAGAGGAUGAUGUUGGGCACACGUCGCAUUCUGUACGCGAUCAAUCGAGCUCGUUUGACGAAAGUCAAUAUCUCAACAUGGAAUGCCUUGAAGUUGAAGUCGUACCUCCAGAAGAGACCGCCGACUACAAGAAGUGAACCUGACAUUUUAAAUUUUCUAAAUAUUUUAUUUCAAUCAUUGUAAAUAAAUAAGAAAAGUGUUGUACAGCUGUUAAUUUAAGACAUAAAAGUUGUAUAUAUUGUAUAUACUCCUGUAUUAUUGUUUUGGUUUUCAAACUGUGUUCAAUUUUUUACUUUACACAUCAUACAUUAUUUUUCAUGUUUGUAAAAAAAAGGCACAAGAUUGUAAACUUGGUAUUCAUAUAAUUGAAAGAAAAAUGUAGAAAAAAUAACUCACUACCAUAGAUUUUAAAAGGACAAACUUUAUAUUUUUAUUGCAGAUUUGUUUUUUUAGUUUCU